AUCCUAAUUGCGAAAUGGCCAAGCGCACUAAGAAGGUUGGAAUCACCGGAAAGUACGGUACCCGUUAUGGUGCCUCCCUCAGAAAGCAGGUGAAGAAGAUGGAAAUCACCCAGCACGCCAAGUACACCUGUACUUUCUGCGGUAAGGACGCCGUCAAGCGUACUGCCGUUGGUAUCUGGAAGUGCAAGGGCUGCAAGAAGACCAUGGCCGGUGGUGCCUACACCGUCUCGACCACUGCUGCUGCCACUGUCCGCUCCACUGUCCGUCGUCUCCGCGAGUUGGCCGAGAUCUAAGCACCUUAAUGCUUUUCUCUUUGUCUGCCAAUCGCUUAUGUGUUUCUUUUUUUUUGAUUCCUUUAUUGGAAACAAUAAGUAAAAAAUAAUAAAAAAGCACAUAAAAAACUUAAACACGUUC